AAUAAUAAAUGCGCUUAGCCCUAUUUUAUUGGUGAUUUGGGUGAAAUUAAUCUUCCGUCUUGAGUGUAGAGGAAGGAGAUGGAGGUGCAGAAAACGAAGCCCAUGACGCUCCAUCAAUUGUCAUUUGAGCGAAACAACAGUUUUGUCAAUGCCUUACAGGAGCUUAAGAACUUGAGGCCGCAACUUUAUUCUGCAGCAGAGUUUUGUGAAAAAUCUUACCUUUAUAGUGAGCAGAAACCAAUGGUCUUUAUCAAUCUAAAAGAUUAUGCUGCUAGAGCUCUUGUCAAUGCUGUUGAUCACCUAGGCACUGUUGCUUACAAAUUGUCUGAACUCCUUGAGCACCAAAGCUUAGAUAUUUCAAUCAUGGAGUCAAAGAUCGCAUGUUUAAAUCAGCAAUUUCUUACAUUCCAAAUGUAUGCGGUUAAAGAAGGCCUCAGGAGACAUCAGCUACUAGCAAUCAUCCCGAGGCAUCAGAAACAUUAUACUUUAUCAAAUUCUCUCAGCAAGAAAGUGCACUUUAGCGCACAGAUUCAGAUGGAUCCUGGGCAACAUAUGCAAUCAAGUUCAUUGCUUUGUCCUUCAGAUGUAGGUACCCCUGCUACAAAUUCUCUUUCCAGGAAUCUAGCAUUAGAAACCAAAUCAGCUUUGAAAGAGGCUUUGUAUGCAUUCACAAGUUGCGAGGACAUAAAAGGUUCUGAAAGAGCAUCUGGUGCUUCAGAAACCAAGUCAACCCUGAAAGAGGCUUUGCGUGCAUUCACAAGUUGUGAGGACAUAAAAGGUUCUGGAAGAGCAUCUGGUGCAUCAGAAACCAAGUCAACUUUGAAAGAGGCUUUGCGUGCAUCCAUGAGGCUAGUCAUUUGUGAGGACACAAAAGGUUCUGAAAGAGCAUCCGGUGCGCCCAACAUGUUGGUUUUAUUGACAGAUGGUGAAGAGAUCAAUAGGGCAAAAGCCUCAGCAGAUCCUCCUCAAUCAACGAAUGUAGAUUCUGCAUCUAGUGUAAGGAUGCAAGCGUUGGGCCUCUUAGGGCGGAUUAUGUGUGCAUGUAUGAUACAUGACGCUCUUGCCUGAAGUAUCGUCUAUCAGUAGUAUCUGCCAAUUUAUUGCUGCUCAGCUCUGUAUAAUCAGUACAUUAUAUUCAAAGGAAAACUGUUUUGUUUUGCAGAAAGCUCUGGCGGGCUCUAAACCAAUGUUGCGAUGCCGAUCAUUGGAAGAUUGUCCAGGCAUGCAUUCCUUCUGCUUUCUUCGUCAAGCAGAAGAGAUCAAAAUUGAAGACUGGUACUGCAAUGACAUAAAGUGUUAUUGCCUUAGGAAUGCAGGAUAUGUAUAUGGAUAUAUAGUACUGCUUUCUGUCACUUCUUUCAAAGACUCUUGGUUAAUAAUAUCUGUAAUUUUUUCCUGUGUAUUUGCAAAUGCAUACCUGAUAUUUGCACUACUUUUCUCAUGUGUGUAUUGCCCUAAAGAUUAUAAAGAGUUUAUAGCAAUUGGUGUUUA